UCUGUCUCUUUCUCUCUCUAGAACUUCCCACUUCCCACUUCACACGCUCUCACUCUCUCUCUCUCUCUCUCGCUGCGCGUGCUGCCGGACGAACUCGGGUCGGGUUUCCGGGUUUCGGAUCCGGUCGGAGCUCCCCCUUCCGGCGAGGGAUGGACACCAUGAAGUCCUUCAAGGGCUACGGCAAGGUCGACGAGGCGGAGGAGCGGGCCUUCCGCCAGCGGACCCGCCGCCGCCUCAUCAUCCUCGUCGCCUCCGGCGUCCUCCUCCUCGCCGUCGUCGCCGCCGCCGUCGCCGGGACCAUCAUCCACCGGCGCAACAGCUCCGGCCGCGGCGGCGACGGCGGCGCGGCCCCCUCCGAGCUGACCCCGUCGGCCACCCUCAAGGCCGUGUGCAGCGUCACCCAGUACCCGGACUCCUGCUUCUCCAGCAUCUCCGCCGCCGAGACCGCCAACGCCACCAACCCGGAGCAUUUCUUCAGGCUCUCCCUCGCCGUCGCGAUGGGGGCGCUCCAGAAGCUCCCGGGCUACGCCGACCAGCUGGGGAGCAGCGUCGAUGAUGUCGGGGCCAAGGCGGCGCUCGGCGUGUGCUCCGGCGUGUUCGACGACGCCGUCGAAAGGCUGAACGACUCGAUCUCUUCGAUGGCGGCCGGCGCCGGCGCCGGAGACGGGAUUCUGUCCUCGUCGAAGAUCAACGACAUGAAGACGUGGCUGAGCGCGGCGAUCACGGACCAGGAGACGUGCCUGGACGCGCUGCAGGAGAUCAACUCGACCCUAACCGACACCGUGCGGGCCGCCAUGGAGAACUCGACCGAGUUCGUCAGCAACAGCCUGGCCAUCGUGAACAGGAUCAUCAGCCUGCUGGCCGAUUUCAAGAUCCCGAUCCACCGGAAGCUCCUUGCCUCGUCUCCUUCGUCGUCGUCGUCGGAGUUCCCGAGCUGGCUCGGAGCGGCGGAGAGGAGGCUGCUGCAGGACGAGGGGUCGGCGGCGGCGCCGCACCUGACGGUGGCGCAGGACGGGAGCGGGGACUACAAGACCAUCCAGGAGGCGGUGGACGCCGUCCCGAAGAAGAACGAGACGAGGUUCGUGAUCCACGUGAAGGCCGGGACCUACAACGAGACGGUGCUGCUGGACAAGAGCAAGUGGAACGUGCUGAUGUACGGCGACGGGAAGACGAAGACCAUCGUCACCGGCAGCAAGAACUUCGUCGACGGCACUCCGACUUUCAGCACGGCGACCUUCGCUGUUGCGGGUAAAGGGUUUAUUGCGAGAGACAUGAUGUUCGUGAACACAGCCGGCGCGGCAAAGCACCAGGCAGUGGCGUUCCGGUCUGGGUCCGACCUCUCGGUGAUAUACCGCUGCGCCUUUGAUGCGUUCCAGGACACGCUCUAUGCGCACUCGAACCGCCAGUUCUACCGCGACUGCGACGUCACGGGCACGAUCGACUUCAUUUUCGGGAACUCUGCAGUCGUCUUCCAGAACUGCAACAUCCAGCCCAGGCAGCCAAUGGCCAACCAGUUCAACACCAUCACAGCGCAGGGCAAGAAGGACCCCAACCAGAACACCGGCAUCUCGAUCCAGAAAUGCAGCAUCACCGCCAACGGCAACGUGACGGCCCCGACGUAUCUCGGCAGGCCCUGGAAGGACUACUCGACGACCGUGAUUAUGCAGUCGACCAUCGGCUCCUUGAACCCCAAGGGCUGGAUCGAGUGGGUCAGCAACGUGGCCCCGAGGACGAUCUUCUACGGGGAGUACCAAAACCGCGGGGCGGGGGCGAGCACGGCCCAACGGGUCGCGUGGGCCGGGUAUAAGCCGGCUCUCACGGCGACUGAGGCCGGGAAGUUCACGGUGGGGACGUUCAUCCAAGGGAGCGAGUGGUUGCCUCAAACGAGCGUGACGUUCGACGCCGCUUUGUAAUACGGUAUUUGGUAAUGAUGUAGAGCCGCGAAGUGCUUAUAGAGAAAAGGAAACUGUUUCCUAUUUUCCCCUUCUUUUUUUAUUUUUAUUUUUUAUUAAUCGAUAAUGAAAUUUCUUUGUAGCGUUCCGGUUUUCUCAUAUAUGCUGUACACUAAUUAUGAAAACGGUAAAAAGAGAAUCAAUAGAGAAAUGGUACCACUUUCUAA